AUGUCGUCCAACGAAGUCGGAGAACUGCGGCUCCUCAAGCUGUGCACCCAGGAGUCGUGGUGGCGCGUGCCCCAUCUCUUGAGGCUCAACUUGCUCCUCCUUAUACCCUUCUUCGCGAGUUAUGUCGGGGGCUUCGAUGGCAGCAUGCUUAACGGAAUCCAGACGGUCCAACAGUGGCAAGAAGAUUUCGAGCAUCCCUCGGGUUCUCUCCUCGGUCUCCUGGUCAACAUGCAGAUGAUUGGCGGCGUCGUCUCUCUGCCUCUCGCGCCAUUCGCUGCGGAUACGUACGGCAGGCGGCCCCCAAUCCUGUUGGCCUCCAUCAUCAUCAUCACUGGCGCUACCAUUCAGGCAGCCGCCCAGAACUUUGGCAUGUUCAUCGCAGGUCGCUUUUUCAUUGGCCUGGGCGGAGGUUUUCUCGCGACCGCCGCCGCUCCGCUCCUUGGAGAACUGGCGUAUCCAUCGCAUCGGCCCAUCUUCACCGCCAUCUACAACACGCAAUGGUACGCCGGCGCCAUUGUGGCUGCAUGGGCAACGUACGGUACCUUCAGGAUGCCCAAUAGCUGGAGCUGGCGAAUUCCAUCCCUGCUUCAAGCUCUUGUCUCCGUCUUCCAGGGGCUCCUGAUCUACCUUGUCCCGGAAAGCCCGAGGUGGCUCAUCGCCAAUGGCCGUACGGAUGAAGCCACCAGGAUUCUGUGCAAGUACCACAGCGGCACCCAGGAACCGGAUGAGUUAGUGAGGCUCCAGAUCGCUGAGAUCACCAGUGCCAUUGAGUUUGAGCGGUCUCUUGAGUCCAGUUCUUAUCUGCAGUUCCUCCGCACAAAGGGCAACCGUCACCGGCUAUUCGUCGUUGCGAUCUUCGGCUUCAUCAUUCAGUGGUGUGGUAACCAACUCAUUUCAUCCUACCUAGCUCUCGUCCUGCGCGACAUUGGUAUCACCGAUCUGGAGACUCAGAACCUUAUCAAUGGCGGCCUCCAGCUCUUCAACUUUGCCGUGGCCUCUGCUUCUGCGACCCUCGUUGACCGCCUCGGAAGGCGGUUCCUCCUCCUGACGUCCACCAUCGGCAUGCUAUGCGCGUUUACCAUCUGGACCGGCCUCGCGGCGCGGAACCAGCAGCUAGAGAACGGUCAGAAGAGCCUUGGUGUCGGUGUUGUCGUCAUGGUGUUCAUGUUCUUCGCCUUCUACAACUUCGCUAUGAACCCCCUCCCCAUCGCCUACCUGCUCGAGGUGCUCCCGUACUCACUACGCGCGAAAGGCCUCACCGUCUUCAACCUCGCACAGUACUGCAGCGGCAUCUUCAACGGCUUUGUCAACCCGGUGGCGCUUGAGGCCCUAAGUUGGAAGUACUACAUCGUCUUCGUCUGCGCGCUAGUGUUGUGGCUUGCAGUUAUCUACUUUACCUUCCCGGAGACGCGAGGUCUGACUCUGGAGGAGGUUAGCAUGGUGUUCGACGGAAAGAAGGCUCUGGAAACUACCUACGACAUCAAGGCGGAGGGACUAGCGCACGAAGAAGACGCAGGACAGGUCACAAAGGUGGAGAAACAGGCUCAGGAGACGUGA